CAAACUUUCCUUUUAGUAGUAUUUUGCACACUUUUCCAGAACUGCACCAUUCACUGGCUCCGAAGAAGACUUUCUCCAGCACGAUUCCUUCCUCAGCCACUUUCUCUCGUGGUUGAGAAGGAAAACCCGUGCUUGUGCUGUUCCUCGUUCGUUAGACAACAUUCUCAUCCCACUAAUCUCCCUCAUUGUGAGGCAGCCCUUCAUUUUAUCCAAUUAUCUCUCCUAUUUUGUCACAGCAGUUGUUUUAACGACAUGGGAGCAUGUUUCCUCAACCUGUGCGUCAUCCAUGCAUGCACAGAAUUCCAGUAGUUUAAUCCGCCACGCUAAAACUCUGCUGGAUAUUUUAACAAUUUCCUAGCAAGCAGAAGAAUAGCCUCAGGAACAUAGUCGAUUAUUGUGCCAUUUCAAAAUUGAAUUAUCAACUCUUGACAGCAAUAAACGUUCCUUAGAAGAAUUUCUUUAAAAUACUUCAACCAUAGAUUUGGCUCUCACUUCUUUGCUAGACGCAGCAGGAAGAUACAUAUUGCUGUACACAGUCUCCCUUUGUGAAACCGAUACCGACCCGUCUUUUGUUUAGGUCUAAUCAUAAAAGGAAUUAUAAUGGAGUUCAAUAUAGGGAAAUUUGUGGGGGACGCUCAGCAGGCAGCAGGCGCUUUCAUUAAUCGAGCAAAACAGAUGUCCUCUGAGGUGAUCUACUCGUCAGAGAAAACAAACCUGGAUCCCCAGCUCGAAGCUUUGUGUAAGCAAGCAGAUGAGGCUCGGAAUUGGACCCAGAAAAUUGUAAAAGACACCGAGUCUGUUUUGACACCAAAUCCGGGUCAAAGAGUUGAAGACUUUGUGUUGGAGAAAAUUGACAAGAAACGUCCUCCGCGGAUGAGCAACAUGGAAGUCUUGGGCCAAGGCAUGCUUGAAGCAGGAAAUGACUUUGGUCCCACCGCAGCAUACGGCAGCAUGCUCAUAAAAGUUGGGACAUCAGAGCUCAAAUUGGGACAAACUGAGAGAGAAUUUAUUAACGUGGCUGUUGAUUCAUUUGUCGACCCUCUCAAUAGAUUCCUGGACAAUGAAGUGAAAAAUGCAACCAAAGAGCGAAAAACAUUAGAAAUGAAGAGGUUAGAUUUAGACGCAGCGAAAAACAAAUUAAGGAAAGCUAGGAGUAUGAGCAGUAUGCCCACAAAAGACGGAACAGAUCCUCGUGUGCUAAUCCAGCAGGCAGAGCAAGAGGUGAUCCAAGCUCAAGCUGAAUUCAAUCAACAGGGCGAAAUUACCAAAGUUCAGCUCGAAGUUUUAAUGGCCUCCCGAGAUCGACUUGUGGAAAAUUUAAAGUCUUUUGUCCAAGCUCAAACCACAUAUUUUGCAAGGUGUCAUCAACUAAUGUUGGAUCUCAAUAAAGAUCUCGUGACAAUGCCUCUGAGCAGUGUGAAUCUGGCCCAGUCCUUUUCAAUUGAUGAUUCCAUGUUGGACGAUUCUCUUGGCACAAAUGGGAUUCAGAUGAAGGUGAAAGUGAUGUACGACUACGUAGCGAGAAACCCGGAUGAAAUAAGUGUGUUCGCAAAUGAGACCUUCAAUGUGACCGAGUCCAAAGAUUCUGACUAUUACGUGGCUCACAAAGGGAGUUCUUCGGGAAAAAUACCUAAAGCGUGUGUACUGUUAGUGUAAAAUUCGAAUUUCGAAAAACGGAAAAAUUAAUCUAUAUGGUGUAAUUGGACUAUUCUUCGAGAAUGCCAACUCCUACACUAAAUUAAUAGUUUUAUUUAAGUAAAAACUAUCUAGCUUGUAUGCUUAUUCAUAAAAUAAGUAAGUGUGUGGUCGGGAUAAUUGACUACACAUUUGAAAUUCUUGUUCAUCAAAUAGGCCUUACCACGAGAAAAUCAAUGAUUUUGAGAUAAGUAUAUUUAUUUUUGAGUAGUUUAUUUGACAGAAUUGUACACAAAAUACAUACUCUUCACCCUCAUUAAAUUUGAUCAUUGCCUUCAUUAUAUCUUGGUGUCCUCCUGACAAGCAAAAAUAUAUUGCAAAAAAUCUCUAAUAAAACAGAUAAUGCAGACAUUUGUACACAAUUACAUUAAUUUUAACAUUAAUUAAUA